AGCCUUGACAAGCAGCUGCAAUCUCAGGUGUACAUCUCAGUGGUGAGCGUGUAUUCAUUCAGUUUCCUCGAUUAAGAUGACGAUUCAGGUAGUAUGUUUCACACAUCGUGUCGUCGCAAAUGCACAGACUGUCACUGUCGGGGAACAUGAGGUUUGAGAUCUGACACUUGUGCUGCUGUUCCUUGACCUUGACCCCGAUCAGCUGACCAUGGUGUCACGGGACUGUCCGGACACCGCCAUCUCCAUGACCUACCGAUGCAUCAACAUUUCAUGGAGGAAAGUGGCCACAAUCUUUGCAGCUUUUGUUCUCAUGUUUUGGUUUUCAUUUUCUGUUUUUACAGAGAUGAAAUUCCACAACAAGAAAUGGUAUCAGUUUUCCGCACCAUGCAAGACGGACACUGGUGUUAUGAACGACAUGAAAGAGUUGGUGUUCAAAAUCCACGAAACUCUCAACACUCUGUCUGUCCCUCAUGCAGUGUGUUACGGAACUCUCUGGGGGACGUUACGAAAUCAGCAGAUCCUCCCCUGGGACAACAAUGUGGACUUCUGUGUGAACGCAUUAGACAUCAUGAAACUUGACAGGCGAAAAAUGGCAGAUUUGUUUCGAAGAAAUGGCAUGAUCAUGUCAUAUAACUCCAAGCAAGGGGUGUAUGAAAUCAAGUAUAAGAGUGCUGAAGGGUUGAUCACAACGUUCCUGGCUAAUAUUGACGGUGAAAUGUACCGGACUGGCUGGUUUCAUAACAUCAUGUGGUUGUUCGAGAAAAAAUCCAUCAACUUUCCCUUACAACUUUUGGAAGCGCCAUUUCCUACAGCAAAGCUUUAUGGGAAGGAUGUUCCAGUUCCGCAUGAAAACAUCGAAAUACUUAAAUACCUGUAUCCCAGUGAUUGGUGGCUUGAAGUAAAGCCGCCAGGAUGUUAAGUACCGAUACUGUGUAUAGUAUCCAGUCCUCACCAUAUUGAUAACUCAUCAGAUGAAUCUCAUUACCAUUUUUUAAUUUGAAUUAUUAUUUGAAAUUGUACUUUGAUAAAUUAAGCUCGGACUCUGUAUUGUUUGAAUCAUGUAGAUUAUGGAUAAGGUUGCUAUGUUGAAACGUUUAUCAGAAUUUAGGCCGAGUUUGAGUUUUAUAUCAUUGUAUAGGGUUGUGUUUACUUUCAGGGCUGAAGAGUAACAGCUGAGUCUAUUUCAUUAAUUGAUUUUGUUAUCUUUAUGAUCUUCACCAUGUUCAAUGUUUUCCUAUUUUCUUUUGAAAAUAUCGGUCGAUUUUAAUUGUUGCAUUACUAUUUUUCUAUAUUUCAUCUUUUAUGCGAUGACAGAUUACCGGUAACCAAAGUAAUAUGAAAGAAUUGUGUGGUCCUUGACAUUUUGUGAGUAGCAUAUGUGUCAUGUGUUGUCAUAAUUACUUUUGAUAUUAUUUUAACAAUCUGUUAUUGAACUGUUCAUGGAUAACAGAUUGAUCAGAUAUUUCAUAAAGUGACUUGAUGUUUUUCGGAGCAGUGUGACAAGUUAUAGCCCAAUCACUGGCAGAUCUAUUGGGGGCAUGCACCCAUUUUUUAUGGAAUCUACAUGGUUUUUUUAAACCUGAGAUGUGCUGCUGAUAUCUGCUGACCUUUUAUGUGGUGAUAUUUCAUAUGUUUUGAUACUCAAAGACUGAAAUCUGUGUACUACACACACUAUUUAUAAAGCAUUAGAAAUUGGCACAAGUCCUGUAGUCCUUGUCAAACUGCCCGAUUGUUGAGGUAGUAGAAAUUUACCCUUUUUUAGGGUUUUGUUGUCAUUAUUAGGACUAGUGGACUGAAACUGUUAGUUUCUACCGCUGUUAAUUUGUAAAAUGAAAAUUAGGAGGGCAAUAUGAACCAUGUAUAUGUUAUAGCGAUAUAUGGCAUAUUUCGCACAACGAUACUCAUUGAUCCCUCUUGUGUGUGUGUGUGUGUGUGUGUGUGUGUGUGUGUGUGUGUGUGUGUGUGUGUGUGUGUGUGUGAGAGAGAGAGAGAGAGCUCUUGCUGACAAAAUUUGGUGAUAAAUGUUAUGAAGUCCAUCUUUGGGCGGUCAUUCAAAUACAAAGUUGAAGUAAACGACAAAAGUAGGCAAUAAUAGUCAAAUGUUACGAAUAAAGAAUGAAUGUUACAAAUAAAGUCAUUGUUUACAUACAAGUUAUGAAUUCAAAAUAAAAAACAAUAUUCUGCAUGGAGCAGUGACGAUGACAAGCACGGAUGGAUUGUACGGCGGUGUGGUCUGUGUAGUAGAUGAAGUAGUUGUCAUUGACUGAUUAAUUAACAAGACACACUGAUCGGAUCAGUUCAUGUGCUGAGUUUGUCUACAUGUAAUUAAUGAAGCUAUGGGUCAACAUGAUGUUAUCUAGUGCAAUAUCAUCAGCAAUAUCAGAUCUGGAAGUCUUUAGAAACCAUCUGUGAUGACCUUUAAACCAGCUCUGGAUCAGAAAAUAUCCCCAGAAAUAUUUUCUUACAAAGAAGUCAUUGAUUUCUUGUGAUGAUUUUUAUGAGUUUUGCGCCCCAUAAAAGUCUAGUGUUAAAUUAUCUGUAUGUUCUGGUACUUACUUAAUUACUGAAACAGUCCAAUAUGAUGGGAGUGAUGACACUUAAUAUGAUGCGGAACCUACUUCAUGCCACAGUGGAGCAAUGAUAUGUGUAUAUGUCUCCUGGCAUUAUAGAGUGGCCCCUUAUAACACCCAACUCACAAUAAUGUUAACUGAUGAUAUUACGGUUUAACAGUACCAUAAAAUUACUCCCUGAAGCCACUUCUAUAUAGAAAUAUUAUCUAGAGGCAAUUCGAUAAAGAAAUGUAAUCUGAAGGCAAUUCUAUAUAGAAAUAUUAUCCAGAGGCAAUUAUAUAUAGAAAUGUAAUCUAGAGGCACUUCUAUAGGUAGGAUAAAGCACGUCUGAGGGUUUAUAUGAUAUUUAAAUAUCAUAAAAAUAAAAAUAAACUUAAAACAACAUUAUCAACAUUUUUGUUUAAAACAUACUUGCCAUGAACCUCAGGAAACGGGUGUAAAAUAUCUGUUGCUGGCAGACGGUUCUGGAAAAAGACAUUCUUAAAAGCAUUGUGAUUUAUCAACACCUCUGUAGCCUAGUGGUACACUCACUGGGCUACAGAUUCGAAGGUUGUAUGUUCGAUCCUCGGGAAUAUAAAGAAAACAUUUGUCAUUUGAUGUUACAUUUCGUUACAUGUUACAAUCUGAACGGAAAAUGUAUUAAAUAAAUCCCCAGGAUAUUAUAAGACAUUAUAUAGCAAAUAUGCCUGGAAUAUCCUAUAAAAUCCCGUAGAUAUUAUAUAAAAUCCCCAGGAUAUUAUAACACAUUAUAUAGCAAAUAUGCCUGGAGUAUCCUAUAAAGUCCUGGGGAUAUUCCUACAUCCCUGAGUACGAGAUUUAACCCUGACUGGAGAACAAUAGGAUGAGGUCACUGGAGGUUGUAAAGUAGAAAUGUAAUCUGAAGGCAUUCUACACAGAAAUAUAAAUUUAAGGCACAUUUGUAUAGAAAUAUUUACUUGAGGGUACUAGCUAUACAGAAAUAUUACCUGAAAGCACUUCUGACUAGAAAUAUUUACCGGAGGGCACUUAUAUAUACGGUUUGUGUGAUACAAAAUGUACAUUAUUUGUUCAAUGUUUUGGGAUUCAUGUAUACAAAGGUUAUUGUGUUUUGUAGUACUCAUUAUUUCUCAACGGCCCACAUUUAUUGACAUUGAGAUUUUAUUUAUUACUUAUUUAUGAUUUUGUUGAUUUGUUUUAUUCUUAUUUUCUUUGACCAGGUGUCAGAGUUACAGAUUUAUUUCUUACCUUUUAAGUUUUACACUCACUUGUAGUGUUCCCUGUUGUGGUAGUACUGAAGUUCACUCACUCACUCACUCACUCACUCGAUCACUCACUCGAUCACUCACUCGAUCACUCACUCGAUCACU